AUGAACGAUAGCGUGAAAUCAAUGAAGAAACAAGGAAUUUAUGGAUUAGAAAUGAAUAGGGAACAUUUCAAUAAUUAUCCAUAUUUCAAAUCGAACGGUACAGAAUGUAUUGAAACAAAAAAACCACCAAGAUCGCUCCUAUUCACAUUUAAACCACAACUUGAAGAAGAAAUUAUUUCGAGAGGCUACCUACAAGAGUAUUCCUAUCCAAUUCAUCCACCUCUAAGAACAUGGAUAUUUGGAAGUAUUCUCUCUCACAAUUCUAUUUCUAAAUCUGAUUUCUCUGGUUUAAUGGAAGGAAGAAAAACUUUUCUUCAUAUUCUUUUGAAAUAUAGACCAGACUUUGUGGUCAGUGAAGUUAUUCAUGGAACAGUGACAACAUUGAUAUCAUCAACACUAACCAUUAACAAACCAAAAUUUAACAACAUUCGCUAUACUAUUGAUGAUUUCAAGAGAAUGCCCGUAGUGAAAUAUGAUACAUCAUAUUUAGAGUGGUUUUUACCAAUGUAUUGUAAUGUGGAAUCUAUUAGCUUACGGCGAGAAGAAAGGAUGUUAGCUUGGAGUACUCAGCGUUAUUUAGAUGGACUUCUCAACUAUUUGGCUUUACUGAUUAAUGUCAACAUUGGUGAAAUUUCUCAUUUGACUUUGCAUGAAGCAUUAGAAUUGAGAGAAUAUCUACAGACAAGUCGAAGUUUAGAAAAGGAAAUUGAAAAUGCAAAAAAGAUUCCAAUAUUUUCAUACCAACGAUCACCUCUUUUACAGGACAUUUUAAAAGACAAUGCAACACUUUCCAUAUUAUUGUAUGACCCACACGAUACAACCAGCAAUGAAAUUCAAAUGAAACAAAACAACUCUCGAAACACUCUUCUUCAAUUAUUGCCCUAUAUUGUAGAGUGUGUUCGGCAUAACAUUUCUCAGAUGAGAAAGGAGAAAUUUUACUUUAAACUUUAUUUAAGAGGAUUGUUUGUUCCUCACAAUCCACUCCUUCAUAGAGAUUACAUUAAGCAUAAAGUUAAGAAAUUCUUAAGGAGUAUGAUUAACAACAAGAAAGAAGACAAAGAUGAUACUAAUAUCAAGGAGAAUGAUGAACUAGCUCUUUUAAGAGAAAACAUUACCUUGAUUUCUAGAUUUAUGAACUUGAAGUGGAAGAGACCCUUAUCCUAUGUUCAAGUGAUGACACCUUCCACUCGAUAUGUUUUUAAGAAAAUUGCAGAUUGCUUUGCAAUUCCAAUUACCAAUCAACUCAAUAGGCAAACAGAUGACACUAACACACAAAACUCACAACCAAUUUUAGAGAAAGCAACCAAUAUUUUCAUGCCACUUCCUAUUGAUGACUCAAUGAUUCAAGCUCUCAAACUUCUUCUAACCGAGACAACAUUUAUUAAUGAGCAACCUAGUCAAAUGAAAGUGCCAUCAUCUCUUGUCGGAAAAUAUCUAUCACGAAAUGCUGACGAGUAUCAAUUGACUCAUCUAUUUCUAUUAUUUCUUGUAGAAUAUUUGCUUAAAACUUCUAAAUCCUUAAAGCUUGAUACAACAGAGCUAUGCAAGCUGGCUCACAAUUUUAAACUCUUAUCGAAAGAGACACAGAACGUUCCAGAUAUUCCUUCUCUUGAACUUGGUUUGAUCGACAUGUUCAAACAACAGAGAACAAAACCAAUCGAAACAAGGAACAACAACAAAAAGAUUUUUCAACAACAAAAUGUUCACACUCUGCGGUGGCGAAGCAAGACAACAGCCAAUAUGAUAGAUAUCAAAACAUUGUUAUGGAACACCUUCUUAGAGCGCAAAGUUGACAGUUUUUUAAUUCAUCCUCUUUCCAUUCUUGUACAUCCCACUGAGAAAACAAAUUUAUACAUUUGGAAAAACAUGCUUGAGAUGAGUUUCGAUUUACAAUGCUACAUUCAAUACAGAAACAAAACUACAAGUUGCUUUCCAAUCAAAACAAGUGAUGAAGAGAGGAAAGAUUGGGAAUUGAUCAAGCAGAAAGAUAUAGAAAACAUAUAUAUGAAAGAACCUAUCGAAAAGUUCUAUCCCUUCGAUAUUCAUGCUCCUGUGAAUGCGAGAAAAUUGGGAAGUAUGGAUUCAACUCAAAUGUCGUUGUCUACCACUUUAUUAGACAUGUUCAUGAAUGGGCUGGAUUGGUGUAUUUCUUCUUCUAGAUUGGCAUUGUUGGAUUCACUCAGUUAUGUACCUCUCAAAAAACACGACCGAUACCAUCACAAACAAUUCGGACUCUUGCUUCCUCUGAUUGAACCUACAACUGUUGAAAUGUUCACAUCAGAACCUACAAAUAAUGAUAUUUGGGAUAUUUAUUUAAUGAUACAGUGCUUUGCUAAAAGAAUAAGGAGAAAGCUCAUGCAACAUCGAUCACAGAGAGAAAUACUUGGAAAAUCAGAAUUAGUGUACAAUAUUCCUCAAGAUACUGUACCUGAAAUAUCAAAUCUAGUUUCCAACAUCUUGGAUUUAAUUCAUAAGAAUAUUACAAUUUUUCAACGACAAGACAUUUCUAGGAAUUUUGUUCACGAAAUUCAUAAUUAUCAAUUUAAUGAGAAAAACAAAUAUCACGCAUUAUGGGACUUGGUGUCCAAGAUUUUUAAAUUUUGCCGAGACUUUGAAAUGGAAAGAGUUUUCUCUAAAAUAUCUGAUAAGAUCACAUCAGAUUCUGUUCAAGAUUUACUAAAUCCAAUGGAAUCGUUGUCAAAAGCUCCUCGAAGUGAAUUUAGAAAAGUUUUAAAAGAUCAUGAACUUUAUUCUCUUUCUCCGUUUAUUGAUAGAGACUUGGAGCGAUCCAAAACAACACAAAUUUUAGACAUUGAUUCUUCUGAACAUGCAGUGUUAAGAAGCAACAAUUUACAUGGAAACAACCAAUCAUUUGCUUAUUCCUUUUUCAAAAAGGCCAUCAAGCACUCCCAGCAACACAAUUUCGAAGUGAUAUUUGGAGAGAGAUUGAUUGACUUUUCAUAUACAUUAGCAUAUGGACAAGUAAGAAACAUUAUUCCACACUAUAGUGACUCGCUUCACACCUUAUACAUUACUGAGGCCGAAGCAGCUUACAUGAAUGAUCAAGACAAGCCAUUAUUUUAUCAAGCAGCUGAUUGUGAAUGGAAAAGAAUUCAAAAAUCACCUCCAUCUGACGCAUUGACAGUCCAGUGUGACUCAGUGGAAGAUUUAGAAGGACUAGCUGAUGAAGGUGUAGAUGCAAGAAUGAUUUUUGGAGGAUUCGCUGGAGGUGAAUGUGAGCUAUUGCUUUGUCAUCCUUCGUCAGAUCUUGAAGCCAUACUUGGUCAAGACAAUGUGAAAGAAGCUCUUCAAAAUCAAAGAAUCGAGUACUUUGGCGAAAGGAAAUGUGGAUGGAUGAAUUUGAAUGACAUUAUAGGUGCAGGAAUUCAAACAGAACCUCCAUUUACUAGCGAUAAAACAAGACAAAGUGUUUGGAUAGGAACACCACUAGAGGGUAGAUUCGAAUAUUAUCCAGGCUUGUCCUUAGAAGAAAACAAAACCAGAUUUGUCAACAAGUUAAAAGCAAAGACACUCAAAUACUUAACUCAUCCCAAAACAGACAUGGAAUGCGACCGACACCAUCUCAGAGAUCCUAUACCUCUUUUCAGCUUGGAAUUCUUGUUUUUUUCAAGUGUGCCUUUCAAUUUUAAAUCUUUUCCUUCGAUGUAG